AUGGUUCCCAGGUGCUUCUGGGCAAGGGUGGAGGGCCUGGCCCUCUGGCAGUGUUCCUUGGAGGAGAGUGGUUGGGGUCGCGCCCAGAGGCUGGGACAGAAGAAAGUCUCUGUGGUGGAUGAGGGCAGCGGGGCAGAGCCCAUGUGGAGGACCACACUGGUCACGGGCAGCUUCUCUGGACACUCAGACAAGCAAGGUCAGGGGGCAGCUGUUGCCUGGAGGACAUCGUGGGAAGCAGGACGAGGCCCUUCUUGGCUUUGUGGAGCCGCCCUCUCAGGGAGGCCCCUGAAGGCACCCUGCCCAGUCCUCACCUCCUGA